AUGCACGAGCUUCUCCUAUUCGCCUCGGUUCCAGUCCACCAGCAUCAUGAACUCCUCCAGCAGCUGGCUGGGCUGACGGCCAUGCAGCCUCGCCACGCCAUAGAGCGUCGGCUCAUCUUCAAAGCCUACCGCAAGCCAGGUCUGAUCACCGGGCGCGUGGGCGGAAGCCAGGAUCUGCAGCAGUCGGGCGACCUGCAACGUGUGAACAAGAUGCUCAAUGGUAGCAUGUUCUACACGCAGGUCGUCGGCCCCGUUUCGGAGAAGGAGUUGGGGCCUGCGUCCACGUCCAUGUCCACGUCCGUGCCUGCGCCGGACCCCGAUACCCCAAUGGCGGGGACGGACGAAUCCAAGCCGCCCGCCCCAGUGCCCAAUGCCGCUGUUCCUGAUGGUGAAGCCUCUGCCUAUGACUAUGAGCAGCAGCCCUGGAGGCUUGAAUUCCGGGACAUUCCCGAGGCAGCCACCCGGUCGGCCAUCACCACGCGCGUGAUGGCCAGUGCUGCCCUGCCGCGCGGAGACAUCGUGCCAUCCAUGAAUGCGUGGGGCUACGGCUUUGUGACCGAAUAUCUGGUCGAGGGCGAUAUCUUCAUCCACAAUGACAUAGUCAUCUUCCUACACCGCGUGUUGCACUAUCCCUCUAGUGACAAUGAGCCCCGGGAGCCUCGGCGAAAUCUGACUGCCCUCAAGGACAUGGAACCAUUGGAGAAGACCGGCAGCUAUGUACUGCAGGCGUCAAUUACCGUUCAAGAUGGGACUAAUCAAGAGACCAUGAAGACGGCCUCCCAGCAUCUGUUUGGGCUGCGGGAACAACUCAAGUCGGCGGUUCGUCUGGAGCAGGCAGACCGUCUGUCUUUGGAUACACGAGCGAAGUAG